UAGUUAUUUUACAACUUAUCCAAACAGCACAAACCCUUCUCUCUCAGAAUCCAUAUUUACACACCUGAGUACCUGACGCAUUGUUCAAAACCCAACCAAGCAAAAACCCACUAAAACCCUAGCAAAUCAAAACGCAUUGUUCCAUUUCCCAGAUUUGGAAACACGGAAAAAUGGCGUCGAUUUCACUGAAAGGAAAGACGAAAAACAUAGCAAACAGGUCGAAAAAGUAUGUAGAAGAAGCUUUAUACCGUAAGCUAUUUAAAGAAGGAGGAGAUGAGGUCACUGUUCGUCAUCAAUUAAAUUUGUUCAUCAAAAGUCACAAAAGAGCUUACAAAUGGGAAGUCGGGGAUACCAUCAAGAAGUUGCGGGAUCGCAAGCACUAUUAUGCUGCUCUCAAGCUUUCAGACACUAUGGCUAGCAGGGGAAUGAACAUGACGUUAAGUGACCAAGCUAUCCACCUUGAUCUUAUUGCCAAGACUCACGGCAUUCCUGCUGCUGAGAAUUACUUCAUUGAUCUCCCUGAAUCAUCGAAAUACAUAGAGUGUUAUGGUUCCCUUCUUAAUUGUUAUUGUAAGGAGUUGAUUUCUGAUAAAGCUGAAGCACUUAUGGAGAAGAUGAUGGAACUCGGCCUCCCAAUUACAGCCAUGUCUUACAAUAGCCUGAUGACUAUGUACACCAAAAGCGGUCAGCCUGAAAGAGUACCUGCUUUGGCACAAGAAAUGAAGGCCUCUAACAUCAUGCUACAACCAUACACAUAUAAUGUCUGGAUGAGAGCUUUAGCAGCUAGUAAUGAUAUAUAUGGGGUUGAAAGGGUUUUGGAUGAGAUGAAGCGGGAUGGACGAGUAGCAGAAGAUUGGACAACAUACAGUAAUUUAGCCUCAAUCUAUGUUGAUGCUGGGAUGUCUGACAAGGCUGAGAAUGCUCUGAAGGAGCUUGAGAAGCGGAAUAAAUCCAAAGAGCUUUCACCAUUCCAAUUCCUCAUUACUUUAUAUGGAAAAACUGAGAAUUUGCUUGAGGUUUAUCGUGUUUGGCGCUCUUUAAGGCUCACAUUUCCUAAAACUCCAAAUAUUGCUUACUUGAAUAUGAUUCAAGUGUUGGUCAACUUGAAAGAUAUACCAGGUGCAGAGAAAUGCUUCAGUGAAUGGGAAUCUAGUUGUACGACUUAUGAUAUUCGGAUCGCAAACAGUCUUAUUGGAUAUUACAUCAAAGAGGGUUUCUUGGAGAAAGCUCAAGAGCUCAAACAGCGUGCUGGAGGGAGAGGGGCUAAGCCCAAUGCUAGAACUUGGGAGAUCUUUUUAGAUCAUCAUAUGAAGCAAGGGGAAAUUGAGUCAGCAGUUAAUUGUGUGGAAAAUGCGAUCACCACAGGUAGAGGAGACGGAACUAAGUGGGUCCCAAAAGUCGAGAUAGUCAAUGGAAUUAUGCAACUGUUUGAACAGAAGAGGGAUGUCGAUGGGGCUGAAGGUUUCAUGGAGCUUGUGAAGAAAGCUGUGGAUAAGUUGUGGGCAGAGGCAUUUGAAUCAUUGAUAAGAACAUACGCAGCUGCUGGGAGGACUAGUCCUUCCAUGCGUCGUCGUUUGAAGAUGGAAAAUGUAGAGGUAAACGAGGAAUGCAAGAAGUUGCUCGACACCGUUACUGCAGAAUAGAGUUUUCCUUGGUUUUGACCUGUAAUUCUUACAAUUUUUUGGCUAGUUGAUGAGCUUAUGCUUACUGAUGUUCUUUCAAUAAUGGAUAUGACCCAUGUGGCGGUUACUUUUUUGGAUGUGCGAGGGUGGAAUUUUAGUUCUCAUCUUUGUUCCAUGCAUUACACUACAUCAGGUAAAUUCCGUAUCCGUAGGCUCUAGCUGUUGGCUCUGCAUUCUGGGAGAUGGGUGAACUUUGUUUGCAUUUAGCAACUUAGCCUACUGCCUAUAGAUGGCAGAACUCUUUGGUCACUGUCUCAGAUCAAUAAUCAUCUGAGUGUAUGAAACUGCGGUUUAUUGAAACCAAAGAUUCUGUAAGUCAAGUGUUGGUAAUUUCAUAUCCCUACUCUGCUUUGAGAUAAA